AGGGUCCCUAACAAUUCAAGUCACAUCGUUGAAGAGUAAAAACCAUUUAAAACCAAAGCAAACAGCCCACACAUCACAUUUGUGAACAAGUUCUAAUCACUCUAGCAAUGGCAGAAGUUCAGUUCUUUGGUGUAGGAGGAAGCCCGUUUGCUCGCAGGGUUCAAAUUGCUCUGAAACUGAAGGGGAUUCAGUACACUUACAUUGAAGAAGAUCUCAGGAACAAGAGUGAACAACUUCUGAAAUACAACCCUGUUCACAAGAAGGUGCCAGUGCUUGUCCACAAUGGAAAACCCUUGGCUGAGUCUCUUGUUAUCCUUGAAUACAUCGAUGAAACCUGGAACAACUACCCAAUCUUGCCCCAGCAACCGUAUGAGAGAGCCUUGGCUCGCUUCUGGUCAAGGUUUAUUGAUGACAAGAUCCUGCCGGCAAUUUCAAGGGCUGCGUGGACCGCGAACCAAGAGGAACGCGAGAAGGGAAUUCAAGAAUCAGUGGAGGCUCUGCAAUUUCUUGAGAAAGAGUUGAAGCACAAAUUCUUUGGUGGAGAAACUAUAGGUCUUGUGGACAUUGCUGGUGCUUUCCUAGCAUUCUGGCUUCCUGUGAUUGAAGAAUCCACAGGGUUCAGCUUGCUGACUAGUGAGAAAUUUCCCAAGCUCUACAAAUGGAGUCAAGAUUUCAUCAAUCACCCUGUUGUGAAAGAGAACUUGCCCCCUAGAGACAAGCUCUUGGGAUUUUUCAAAGGUCGAUAUGCUGCUUCCAUCAAUGCUUCGAAAUAAAACAGUCUUGGGUGUGAGGGUAACUCCUAAUUGAGGAAAGUUAUUUGUACUGAAUCUUGUAAUGAUGUGGUGAUUCCCUUUUGGGUUAGUUAUCUACUUGUUUGAAUUUCAUCUAAAAGUGCAGUGUGGGUGCCCUGUUUACUUCAUUAGCUGGAUAAGUUCUGCCAUAAAUAAAAUUUCUUCUUUGGAAGGAAAGAUCAAAUAGAAAUUUUCUUCCUUUCUUUUA